AUCGUACAAAAUUAUUUAGUUAUUGAAAUUUUGUUGCAAAUUUUUAUACAAUGGCUGGUGAGUGCAAACCGGUCCUCCUAUUGGACAUAUGGCGAACUUGCAACAAGAUAAGGGCAGCUAUUUUCCGGUCUGGCCUUGACCUCUGGAACUACUACUUGCCCUUGGACCCUGAGGGCUACAGCUUGAUAUCAGAGAGCAAGUUUGUGUCAGUAUUGGGAGGUCCCUUAAAGGAUACUAUUGGACUUUCGGAGCAAGAAAUUCUCGAACUUGCUGACUAUUUCAAGGCUCCCGAUGGCAGAAUUCUCUACCGCCAGUUUUGCCAAGUAAUUCACGAUAAUGUGCCUGACAUGACCAAGUACUCUAACCUGGUGUCGGGACUUGAGUGGGAGGACCCGUACCACGUGAACUCGCUGUCGGUGCCAGAGGAGCGGCGCAUCAUGCUUUUGCUAACCAAGAUCGCUACCCUGGUCAAGGCCCGAGAUCUCGUCCUUCUUCCACACUUCCAAGACUACGAGAUAAUAGCAAAAAACGACGGCACCAUCACGAUAUCCCACUUCGCACGAGUGCUACAUUUCCUCAAGAUCUUCGUAGCCCCCGAGGAAUUUCGUCUCCUGGUGAGAAAGUUCUUGAAAGACGGCUACACGGUGAACUACAUGGCCUUCGUGUCCGCCCUAGAGUACGUGUAUCAGUACAUGGAACGCUGUGGCAUCACCGAUCUUGGUGGGGAAGUCCUUCCGAAUUUCCGUGGACGCGCCAUGAACGCCUCGCUCCCAAAGUUACCACGGCCCGAGGUUGGAACUGUUCCGACCGACGCAGUUUUCGGGGUCCAGAAAAUAUUUCACCCCGUGUUGAACAAACCGCGGGAUCCCGAGAGACUACAGAAGGUCAUCGAGAGAAUUCAGAAGUACGCUUACACAGAGGGCGUCCGAAUAGGUCAAUUCUUCAAGGAUUUUGACCUGACCAACUGUGGGAGGCUGGCAGAAGCCUCGUUUCGCAGGUGUCUGGAUAUGAUGGGUGUGGGGGAGGCGGGCACACGUCGGUACAAUCUAACGUCGGAGGAGAUGGACGACUUAGUGGACGCCUAUCGUGACCCCAUAGACCCCUCUCGCUGUCUCUGGAGAAUGUUUGAGGAUGAUAUUGAGGCUGUGUUCACAAAGAAGGGUCUGGAACGGUUACCCGACUACAAGGUGGACUGUCCGCCUAGCGCAAUCAUAGAACUUCCCAGGAGGGGAAACAUGUUCAGCAACCUGCCCGAAGACCGUGUGGUGUCCUGUGAAGACGUUCUGCGGGUAGUAAAGAACAAGAUCGCCCGUUCUGGCAUGAAUCUGUUGCCGGACUUCAAUGAUUAUGACAAGGCCAGGAACGGUCACGUAACCAGGAGUCAGUUCCGCCAAGUACUGAAGCUCAACUGCAUACUUCUGACGGACGAGCAAAUAUAUGCUCUGGAACAGCGCUACUUAGACGAGAUGGGAUUCAACUAUUUUCAUUUCAUGAAAGAAGCGGAUCCUAUCCCUGAACCGCAACCUCUGUACGAAGAAAUGCUUGAAGGGCGAAUAAAGCUUAACGCAAAAGAGUUUAAAAUGCCUAUUCAGCCAUGUGAAAGAGACAUUGUUGCUAUCUUGGCGAAGAUAAAGAAACAGAUAAUAUGCUACCGAAUCCGACUGUCACAGUUCCUUUCUCAGUAUGACCCACACCGACAACUUGUCAUUUCCCGCGACAACUUCGUCAGAGGCGUCGACGAGAAACUCCAACUAACCCCCACCGAAAAGGAAACAAUCAUGGAAGUAUUCGCGUCGCCCACAAGACCUCACUGUGUGGAAUACCAGCGCUUCUGCAAUACCGUGGACGAGGUUUUCUUCCAGCAGAACUUAGAGAAGGCGCCAUUGCUCCAGCCACUCCAGCACGUGGCUUGCCACGAUGGGGAGCAUAACUUCCUGAACUUUGAAGAGCGGCAGCAGGUGACGCUGGCGUUAGAAAAUCUGGCUGCGCGACCAACAGAGGCGCUCAUGGAUAUUUUCAAGGCGAUAGACAGACACAACUGCGGGAGUAUUAACCGCAACGAGUUCCUGCGAGCCCUGACAGUCCUCUGCCUGCACACUGCCGUCACCACGCCGCAGCUGGACGCCCUGGAGAAGUGUUUCGCCGUGCCACGCGGCCUCAGGUCUGAGGUCGACUACCGCAGCUUCGUCAACGCUCUGGCCAUCGUCCGCCAGAACUGGAAGGCUAAGAGGAUUUAACGAUUGCUAGACGAACACCUAUGUCUACGUCAUAUGUCAUAAAUAAUGGUUUUUUUUUGUAUCGCUAAUUGGUGACAAUUAAAUGGUUACUUUAAUCAG